GAUGAGGUGACGUUUUCCGCGUGAAGCUGAGAGCCUUGACUUUGCUCAGCCGGUUCCAAGAAAGACCCGCGGGGUCUCCUCGGCCGUGACGGCAACGGUCAAUUGCAGUCCAAAUCGUCGUUUCCAUUUUGCUCCACCGGCCGUACGUCUGGACACUCCAAAACUAGCUUAACCAGUUGUCUAUCGAUCGUCUAUACGUCGAUCUUCCUUGCUUCGAGUUCUCUGACGAAGAAGACGAGGGCACCAUGGGUUCCAGCAGCCUUGAGCAGGCCAACGCUCUCUUCAGGAAGAAUCUCGUCAUCCAGAGGCGCGCGUGCAAGACGAACUGCUGCCUGGUGCUCUUCCCGUUGCUCCUCUGCUCACUCUUCGGUGGCCUGGGGAUGCUCCUCAACCACCUGGAGUCCAAAUCACAGGAAGGCCGCCCCACCCACAUCGACUGCUCCUGCAGCAAUGUCGCCGUCCCGGAGAACGCCAUCGGAGGCAUGUCGUGCCCCCAGGAGUGCCCGCUGCCCCGCGCCCCCAAAUGGCCCCCCGUCCUGCGCCUGCACCUCCCGCGGGAGCCGCCGGGUAACUGGUCCUCCUCCGACCUCGACGCCGCUUCCCCCGGCCUCUCCGACACCGAUUCCUGCAGCGACGGCGGAGCGCCGGGCUCAUGCGCCGCCGCGAAGUUCCUCGUCACCGGCGGCAACCAGUCUUUUGUUGGAAGUGUGAUGGAUAACAUGAUACCUGCUCAUAACACUUCGGUGAACGUGUCCAACGACAUCUCAGCAUUAGCCGAUUUCGUUCUGGCAGAUGAUGAAGGGUUUUGGUUGGAACCAGCAGUUGACUCCUUUCUUCAGAACAAAUGCACCCCAAACCUUACACUUUCUUACGCAUCUCAAUAUGGCAAUCGAACUGUGAGCCAAGAUGUACAAUGCAUGGAGGGAUCAAUGUUGUGGCGUGACAGUUCGUGGCUCAUCAACCUUGAACUAUAUAGAGCUUACUACCAAGGGAAUAACAAGACCAGCACCAGUGAAAUUACUGCAGCAUAUGACUUCUUAAGCUCUGAUCAGGGAAACUUUAACUUGCUCAUUUCAUAUAAUUCGACAUACAAGUUUAUUGUUUUUCAAUCACAAGUGCCUCUCCUCCAAGUACCUGGAACGUGGGACGCACCUAGAUUGCUUCAAAUUCCACGGUUAACUAAUAUGGCCUCAAAUGCAUACCUAAAGUUAAGGGGCAACGGUCUCAAGAUAUCAUUUGAUUUUGUCAAGGAAAUGCCUAGAACAGCUAGGCAAUUUGGUAAUUUUGAUCUAUCUUCGUUAGUAGGGCAGCUGCUUUAUGUGUGGGCUAUGGAGCUUCUUUUUCCGGUAAUUUUGAGCAACCUUGUAUACGAGAAGGAAAAAAAGCUUAGGAUAAUGAUGAAGAUGCAUGGUCUUGGAGAUUUACCAUAUUGGACUAUAUCCUAUUGCUAUUUUAUUCUUCUGUCAAUGAUUUAUGUGUUGUCCUUCAUGCUAUUUGGUUCUGUGUUAGGUUUAAGCAUUUUCCGACUGAAUAACUUUGGCGUACAGUUUGUGUUCUACUUUGCUUAUAUGAACUUGCAAAUUUCAUUUGCAUUUCUUAUGGCAACAUGCUUCUCAAAUGUGAGGAGAGCUACCGUCACAGGAUAUUUCUACAUAUUUGUGUCUGGUCUUUUAGGAGAAUUUCUGUUCAAGCCCUAUGUUGAAGACAUUUUCCUCUCGAGAAGCUGGAUUACACUUUUGGAACUUUUCCCUGCAUUUUCUUUGUACCGCAUUCUCUACGAAUUUGCACAAUCUGCAUUGCUUGUACGUUCUAUGGGCUCCAUGGGGAUGCAGUGGAGUGACUUGAGUGAUCCUAAAAAUGGAAUGACAAGUGUGUUAACGGUAAUGGUACUCGAAUGGCUCCUAUUCCUUCUAUUAGCUUUCUAUUUGGAUCACUUUGGUUCCUUCCAAAAUGGAAUAAUAAAAGCAGCAACACUUAUUCGCUCUCGCACGGGUGGGAACCGUUCUCAAGCUGCUCAACAGCAGACCAUACAGCUUCAGGAGUUCAAUGCUUCAGUUGAAAUGGAGAAGGCAGAUGUUAUUGAAGAGAGGAAGAUAGUUGAACAGCUUUUACAAGAACCAAAUAGUAGUUAUUCAGUCAUAUGUGACAAUCUUAAGAAAGUGUAUCAUGGAAAAGAUGGGAAUUCGAAGAAAAUUGCCGUCAGAGAGUUGUCUCUUUCUAUGGCACGUGGGCAGUGCUUUGGUGUUCUUGGCCCAAAUGGUGCAGGAAAAACCACUCUCAUUAACAUGCUGACUGGAUUUACUAAACCUACGUCUGGCACGGCAUAUAUCGAAGGUAUGGACAUACAACUGGACAUGGACAAAAUUUAUACAGGAAUCGGCGUUUGUCCACAACAUGAUUUGCUUUGGGAAACAAUGACUGGCCGAGAGCAUUUGAUGUUCUAUGGCAGGCUUAAGAAAUUGAAGGGUGGAAAAUUAACUCAGGCUAUCGAACAAUCUUUGAAAAGUGUGCGUUUGCAUUCUGGUGGUGUUGCUGACAAGCUUGUGGCAAAAUACAGUGGCGGUAUGAAACGUCGUCUCAGCGUCGCGAUCUCUCUAAUUGGUGACCCCAAGGUUGUUUAUAUGGAUGAACCAAGCUCCGGAUUAGACCCAGCGUCAAGGAAGGACUUGUGGAAUGCUGUGAAGUCCGCCAAACAGGACAGGGCCAUAGUUCUCACAACUCAUUCGAUGGAAGAAGCCGAAGUUCUAUGCGACCGGAUAGGCAUAGUGGCGAACGGUAGCUUGCAGUGCAUUGGAAACUCUAAAGAGUUGAAAACCAAGUACGGAGGCUCAUACGUGCUCACGGUAACGACGGCGCCGGGAGAGGAGGCAGAGGAGGAGGUGGAGAGGCUAGCCCGGUCCAUCUCGCCGGCGGUGAGCAGGGUGUACCGCAUCUCCGGGACGCAGAAGUUUGAGAUGCCGAAGCAGGAGGUGAGUGUCUCCAAGGUGUUCCAUGUCAUGGAGAAUGCGAAGAGCAGGGUGGACAUUAUCGCCUGGGGCCUGGCUGAUACGACUCUGGAAGACGUGUUCAUCAGAGUUGCCAAGGAGAGCGAGGCGUCCUCUAUCAGCUAAAUCGGCUAGCCAAUAUUCGGUCCGUCCAUAAAUAAGUGUAUUUAUGGAUUUACUGAAUAGGUUUUGUCGUAAGUCAAAAAUAUUAAACUUUGACUGAAUUUACUGAAAAAUGUAGCAACAUUUGUGACACUAAACUUGUAUCAUUAGAUCCGCUAUGAAAUGUAGUUUUUAAUAUACCGAAUUGA